AUGUCUGAUUCAAUUCCCUCUGCAGCUGCUGACCCAAACAGCAUCGAAACGCCCAUCCCCUCAAACGCCGAAGACCGCAAAGCCGCUGCUGCUCUCUCUUCGCUCAACACAAAUGAGAUUGCAACAGAGGGACCCUCCAUUGGAGCACCGCUUACUGCAAGCCAGGAGGCCCUGGGAAGGGCCAUGAGUCGCCUUGAGAUAGCUGCUGGACAAGAUUCGGGCAACAAGGCAGCUGAGGGACCUAAGACUGAUGCGGUUGUGAAAAAGCAGAUCGUUAAGGUUGCUCCAGCUGAUGUGGCACUGCUGGUUGACCAGCUGGAUUUAAAUAAGAUCAAGGCCACGGAGUUGCUCAAGGCUCAUGAUGGGGAUGUCAUCCAGGCGAUGAAGGCAUUCAUUAACCCCGUUUAUUCAGGCUUGGCUACCUGA